AUGAAGUUUGAUAUUCUCAGCGAUGGUGGUGCUCUUUUUGCCAAAAAUAUUGAGAGAGUUCAACCUCUCUAUGAUUUUAGCGAUGGUAUCGCCAACAAUGCUCACAACCAUUUUCCCCGCAAAGUCUUCUCUCGCAACAGCAGAAGGAGACAAAAUUACUGGAAGCUUAACCUUGUCCUCUCCAAUUCCCACACCGCCUGCUCCUCCCUCUUCCACGCGCUCACCCACUCCAAAGCCCCCAACUUCGUUUCCGUCCUCAUAGUCGCCUUCUGCGAAUUGGGUCAUGUCCAAGAAGCUCUAUCGGUGUAUAGAAACGUCUCUUCUUUGCCUCUCUUGAAGGCUUGCAAUGCGCUUCUUCACGCCCUCGUCAACACCCAUAGAUUUGAUUCACUGUGGGAGGUCUAUGGGGACAUGGUGUCGCGUGGAUUCUCCCCUACCAUUGUGAGCUACGGCAUUUUGAUGCAGUGCUGCUGCAGCCAAGCUGAUUCUGUUGGUGCACGCAAGCUAUUUGAUGAAAUGCUCCACCGCAAAAUUGAACCAACUGUUGUGGUUUACACUAUUAUGAUCCGUGUUCUUUGCAAUGAGGGUCGAAUGGGAGAUGCCGAGGGCGUUUUCCGUUUGAUGAGGGAAUCCGGAGUGGCGCCUAAUUUGUACACUUAUAAGACUCUCAUGGAUGGUUAUGGCAAUGUAGCUAAUGUGAUCUGGGCUUUCGAGUUGUAUGCUGAAAUGCUCUGGUAA